AUGCUCAGUAGAAAUAUGUUUCGAUUGUGUUCAAAAUCUUUAGAAUUCGCAGGACUUCCUAAUCCUAUGAUGGCAAAUAUUCCAGCAUUUCAUCAUGUGCCGAUUGUUGUUGAAGAGACUAGUAGAGGGGAAAGAGCAUUUGAUAUAUAUUCCAGAUUACUUAAAGAAAGAUGUUUAAUGGGACCUAUUAAUGACAUAAGCAGUUCUUUGAUAAUUGCCCAGCUGUUAUACCUUCAAGCCGAAUCAUCUUCAAAAACUAUUCAUAUGUACAUCAAUUCCCCUGGUGCUGUUAUUACAUCAGGAUUGGGAAUAUAUGAUACAAUACAGUACAUGCUACCUUCAGCUACUACUUGGUGCGUGGGACAAGCUUGCAUUAUGGCAUUUUCAUUUUUAGAUACAAGAACACCCAGAAUGAGAAGUUCCUUACCCAAUGCACGGAUUAUGGUUUGCCAACCAUCUGGAGGAGUAGUGGCCUUAAUGGACCAGCACCAUGAUCUUGGAUCAUCGGGCUAG